CAGCGAAAGUGUUGCUUUUAGAUUUCUAGUUUUUCUUUCGUUUUUGAAACGUGAAAAUCCUCAGUCAAGAUGUGUGAUGAUGAAGUUGCCGCAUUGGUCGUUGACAACGGCUCCGGUAUGUGCAAGGCCGGAUUCGCUGGUGACGAUGCUCCCCGCGCUGUCUUCCCCUCAAUUGUGGGUCGUCCACGCCAUCAGGGAGUGAUGGUCGGUAUGGGACAGAAGGACUCGUAUGUCGGUGAUGAGGCCCAAUCGAAGAGAGGUAUCCUUACCCUGAAGUAUCCCAUUGAGCACGGCAUUAUUACCAACUGGGAUGAUAUGGAAAAGAUCUGGCAUCACACUUUCUACAAUGAAUUGCGUGUCGCCCCCGAGGAGCACCCCGUGCUGCUGACAGAGGCCCCACUUAACCCCAAGGCCAAUCGCGAGAAGAUGACCCAGAUCAUGUUUGAGACCUUCAACGCCCCAGCCAUGUAUGUGGCCAUCCAGGCUGUGUUGUCUCUGUAUGCCUCCGGUCGUACCACUGGUAUCGUUCUCGAUUCUGGUGAUGGUGUCUCCCACACUGUGCCCAUCUAUGAAGGUUAUGCCCUGCCACACGCCAUCCUCCGUCUGGAUUUGGCUGGUCGCGAUUUGACUGACUACCUGAUGAAGAUCCUCACCGAGCGUGGUUACUCUUUCACCACCACUGCUGAGCGUGAAAUUGUCCGUGAUAUUAAGGAGAAAUUGUGCUAUGUUGCUUUGGACUUUGAGCAGGAAAUGGCCACCGCUGCUGCCUCCACCUCUCUGGAGAAGUCUUAUGAACUUCCCGACGGUCAGGUGAUCACCAUUGGCAACGAGCGUUUCCGUUGCCCCGAGUCCCUGUUCCAGCCUUCCUUCUUGGGUAUGGAAUCCUGCGGCAUCCAUGAGACUGUCUACAACUCCAUCAUGAAGUGCGAUGUGGAUAUCCGUAAGGAUCUGUAUGCCAACAUUGUCAUGUCUGGUGGCACCACCAUGUACCCCGGUAUUGCUGAUCGUAUGCAAAAGGAAAUCACUGCUCUGGCCCCAUCCACCAUUAAGAUCAAGAUCAUUGCUCCACCAGAGCGUAAAUACUCCGUCUGGAUCGGUGGCUCCAUUCUGGCUUCUCUCUCAACCUUCCAGCAGAUGUGGAUCUCCAAGCAGGAAUACGAUGAAUCCGGCCCUGGCAUUGUUCACCGCAAGUGCUUCUAAGCAAUCAAAGGAAUCGCCUGCACCAACACAGCACAACAAUCUACACACAACAACAACAAAUGAACACAAAUACAAGAAACACACAACACAACAAAAUUGGCGUCGUUUACCAGGCGCCUAGAGAUUAAUGAUGAUUAAUUUUAAGUUAAACCUCUUGCUGCCCUGCUAAUCAACCAGAUACACCAUCCGAUAUCAAUUAGAUAUAUCAAUCAGUCAGUCAGUCAGUCAGUCAGCAAUGAAAUGUAUUAUACUUAUGUUAAUAUUUAUUAUUGGAAGUGUCAUUAAGGACGAAGGAGAGGAAUUCGAGGAGUAUCAAGAAUACAAAAUUAUACAAUCUUACAAAUAAA